UCCUCAGGGAAUAAGGUGUCAGCCUUACAACUCUACAGUCGUGAGCAUGUUAAAUUAACUGGAACCUUUAACAUUAGCUUUUGGAAGUAUUUUGGUGUUCAUUAUGGAUAAAAAGCGAUUAGCUUUAUUGCCGCUUUGGAAUACUGUCAUACCAAAGGUGCGAGGACUUUGAAAACUUUUAUGCAUUACUGGAAUCCAGGACCUCAGGUCUGCAGGUCCCGACAGAGAGAAUGGCCUUCACAGAUACAGCCAUAAUUCUCACUGUCACGGCAGUCCUAGGAACCAUAACCAGGUGUCAGGGGAGCUUGCUUAAAGACAACUCUCUGCUGAGGUUCACCUAUCAUUUGUACAAUGCCAGCAUUUAUGAGAACUCUGCCCCCAGAACUUACUUGGAAAGUCCUGUCCGGAUGGGUAUCAUACUAUCUGAUCCCUUCUGGGACAUCAAGUACAAGAUUGUUGCUGGUGAUGAUGACGGUCUUUUCAAAGUGGAGGAGAUAGCUGUCGGAGAUUUCUGCUUUCUGAGAAUCAAAACCCGAAGCAGUAACUCUGCUGUGCUCAACAGAGAGGUACGGGACAUCUACACUCUUACUAUUGAAGCUACAGAAAGCAUCUACGACAACAAGGCUAGAACAAAGGUAUCGAUUCAGGUGCUUGACACAAAUGAUCUGAAACCGCUGUUCUACCCUGCCUCUUAUAACGUGCUAAUCAAAGAAGACACACCGAUCAAGUCAAGUCUGGUGAAAGUAAGCGCAACAGAUGCUGAUAUUGGCAGCAAUGCCGACUUUUAUUUCUCAUUCACGACUAGAUCCCAUCCAUUUGCUGUUGAUCCUUUCACUGGAAUGGUUUCGCUUGUCAAGAGACUUAACGCUAGUCAGAGAGACAAAUAUGAGCUCACCGUUCUGGCAGAGGAUAGGACAAAGAAAAUCUCUGGUGUUCAAAAGUUUGGAAAUGUAGCAACGGUUGUUGUGAACGUGCAAAGGGUAACAGAGAAUUUUACCAUUAUCACACCCAUCAGUGAAGUAAAUCCUCAAAUGGAUGAUUGCACAAUAAACGUGAACAUCAAGAUGGAUCCCAAGGAGAAGGAGAAAGCGACGUCUUUGAGGAUAGUUGAAGGGGAUUCACAGAAGAGCUUUGAGAUUGUUCCCUCUGCUUUGCAGGGCGAUGGCUUUCAACUGAUCUCAACUAAAUUGAUUGACUGGUCAGAAAACCAAUUCGGAUUAAACAUUUCUCUUCAAGCAAUAGACAGAAGUAAUCCCUCUUUGCAAACACAAAUAAAAAACAUCCAUAUCUCUUCACCUGAAAUUAAACCCAUGAAAUUUGAACAGGAACAGUACCGUGUCACCCUUAGUGAGUUUUCUCCACCCAAAACUCAUGUAGUUAAAGUAUCCGUGGGUUCGAGUUUAAGAAAUAAAACCUUCAGUAUCAAAGAAAACCCAGAAGGCCAUAGAUUCAAAAUCAGUGCCAAAACCGGUGUUAUUGUGACCACUCAGUCUCUUGACUUUGAAAAGCAAUCUCAUUAUGAGUUUGAUGUCAUGGUUAAUAAUGGAGAAGCGGUAACCCGGGUCAUUGUGGAUGUAAUUGAUGAAAACGAUAAUGCCCCUAGUUUCACAUUGGCCUCAUACCAAGCUUCCCUCCCUGAAAAUGUUCCAAUCGGAACAAGCAUCUUAACUGUCUCCGCUUUUGAUGUUGAUAAAGAUAACAACGGUUUUGUGACAUUCGCAAUAGCAAACACAGCUCCUGUGCCUUUCAGUAUAGACCCAUUGACCGGUGUGAUUUCUACUACUGAGGAAUUUGAUUAUGAACUCAUGAAGAGGUGGUACCACCUGAGAAUCUGGGCCUCUGAUAGUGGCAGCCCUUUCAGUAGAGUGAGCGAAUGUUCAGUAACCAUUACCAUGACCAACAUUAACGACAACGCUCCAGUGUUUGAGCGGGUGGCGUGCAAUGCCUCCAUACCUCGAGACUUUGCAGUGGGGGGGAGUAUAGCAGAGAUGUCAGUACUUGAUCUGGAUGAACUGCAGCAGAUUAUAUACGCAAUAGAGUCUGGAAAUAAUGAUGGAUUGUUUGCUAUUGACCCUUUUACUGGCAGCCUUAAACUUGCCAAGGCCAUCUCUACUUAUGUAUUAGAUAAUUCUUUAUAUAAACUUAAAAUAACAGCAACAGAUGGCAAAUAUGAUGCUGAUCGUAACACUGUAACUGUGCGUAUCACAGCCAAGGGAACAGGCGCCAUCACGCAUUGCGAAGACACAGGAAUUACCAGGCAGUUGACAGAGAAGCUUAUCGAAUCAUUUAAGCCUUCUCUUAACGUCAAAGAAGACGAGCCCAUCUCUGAUAUUCAUAUCAUUAACCGCCACUCUCCAAAGUUUUUCACGAGCACACCAAGCUCGAUUGACAUCAGGGAGGACUUUGAUCUCAAUGGUUCUGUGUUGCAGUUUAACGCCACCGAUAAUGAUUCUGGGUUUAACGGAAAGCUUGUCUAUGCAAUUUCCAGUGGAAACGAAGAUGGGUGUUUUUAUAUUGACAUGAACGAAGGUGACCUCAAAGUCAUUUGUGCACUGGACAGAGAGCAGAAAGAAUUUUACAUUCUCAACAUCACAGUGUAUGAUUUGGGCUCUCCACAAACCUCUACUUGGAAAUUGCUUGCUGUCAGUAUUUUGGAUGCGAAUGACAAUCCACCAUUAUUUUCUCAGCCGAGAUAUACUGUAUGGAUCCCAGAGGAUACAGAGCUCGACAAAAGCAUCUUCAAAGUCAGUGCAGUGGAUUUUGACCUUGAUGACAAUGGGGAGUUUAAAUACUCGCUGUUAACCUUCACGGAUUUGUUCAAGAUUGAUGAAGUCACAGGGGUGGUGAAGGUAACUGGGCAUUUAGAUAGAGAAACCUUUAGCAGAUAUGACUUAAAAAUUGAGGCCAGAGAUCAAGCCAAGCAAGACCCCCAGCUUUUCUCAUUUGCAGAUCUGGUGGUUGUACUUGAAGAUGUUAAUGAUAAUCCUCCGAAGUUUGUACCAACAAUCUUCAAGGUCAAAGUUCCUGAAGAUGCUCCUCUAGGCACAGUGCUGUUAUGGGUCGAAAGCUUCGACUUGGAUCUGGAUAGUGGAGGCCUUAUAAGUUACAACCUGAAAAACAAUGAGGCUGGAACAUUUAUUCUAGACACCUCCACAGGCUGCUUGACCCUAGAGCAUGAACUGGACUUCGAAAAACAGCAGUUCUAUAAUCUAACUGUUCGAGCUGUAGACCACGGAAAGCCGAGGUCUAUGUCAUCUUCGUGUUUCAUCGAAGUCGAAGUGUUGGACGUCAACGAAAAUCUAAACCGGCCGAUCUUCAGCCUGUUUGUACAUACUACAGCAGUUAUGGAGGAUGCUAAAAUAGGAGCCUCAGUUCUGACACUCACCGCCGUGGAUAACGAUCUUGGACGAGAUGGAAUUGUUAGAUACUACAUCCAUGAUGGCUCAGGGCUUGGCGUCUUCACGAUUGAUGAAGAAACAGGUGUUAUUCAAACUGCAGGUCCUCUGGAUCGUGAGGCUGUGCCACAUUAUUGGCUAACAGUUUAUGCAAAAGAUUUGGGCACUGUACCACUGCUAUCCUGGACUGAGGUCUACAUUGAAGUUUUGGAUAUAAAUGACAAUCCCCCUGAGCUCUCGCAACCUGUUUACUUUGCUUCAGUGCAAGAGAAUCUGCCAAAGGGCAAAUCUGUGCUUAAAGUAUCUGCCACCGACAUGGACAAGUCCUCAGAGGGAAAACUAACUUUCCAGAUCAUCGAUUCUCAACGUGGAUAUUUCACCAUAGAUGGAAAAACAGGUGUGAUCAGCACCCUUGCUGCCCUGGACCGGGAACAAAAAGCAGAGCAUAUUUUUGAGGUGAUGGUGUCAGAUGAAGGAGGUCCUUCCCUAAGCUCUACUGCCACCGUAGUUGUUGAAGUCUUGGACGAGAAUGAUAACAGUCCUCAGUUCAGUCAUAAGCUUUUCCAAGUAAAACUUCCGGAACAGCAGAGCACAGCCGAACCUCAGGAGAUCUACAGGUUGGUUGCCCGUGAUGACGACGUGGGACUCAAUGGGAUGAUCACGUACAGCCUUGAAGACAGCCUUCAGGAUCGUUUUGGUAUCAAUCCUGAGACCGGGGUCGUAACAGCUAGAGGAGAGUUUGAUAAAGGCAACUACAGUAUUCUGACGGUUAAAGCAACAGAUCAAGGCAACCCUCCAAGAAUGUCUAAGACCCGUUUGCAUGUUGAGUGGCUACCUCAGCCUGAGGAAAGCUCUGAAGUGCUCGCUUUUGAUGAACCCCCCUUCAACUAUGUGGUUAUGGAGACAGAUCCUGUGACAGAUAUGGUGGGGAUCAUCCAUACAGAGAUAACUAAGAAUCUACUCUUGUUUGACAUUAUUGGUGGGGAUGAAGAGCAGAACUUCUACAUUGAGAAGAACACAGGAAUGAUUGUCAAAGCCCGGCGCCUGGAUGCAAGCGUAAAAUCUAACUACAACUUAACUGUCCGAGUCACCGACGGAUUUCAGGCUAUAACCACUCAGGCUUACAUUCAGGUAGUAGAUAUAAAUGAUCAUCGGCCCAUGUUCCUGAAGAGCCUAUAUGAGGUGAGGGUACCAGAGGACACAGCCCCAUGGAAAGAGAUCGUUCACAUCAGCGCUCGGGAUGUAGAUACAAACAGUGGGCUCUUUUACACCAUCCACAACAGCUUGCACCCAGACAGCCUGAAAUAUUUUCACCUGGACCAAAGGAGUGGUGUGCUUGUCCUGAAAGAAGAGCUAGACUAUGAGACCAUAACCACUCACACUCUGAUUGUAAUGGUCCGAGAUGAGAAGAUCCCAAUAAAAAAGAACUUUGCAAAAGUUGUUGUGCAUGUGGAGGACUGUAAUGACCACACACCUGCAUUUAUGAAUACUCAUUAUGAGGGAUCCAUAAGUAAUUUGGCACCCGCUGGCACAGAAGUAUUGAGAGUCAAAGCCCUGGAUAAGGAUACCGGCAGCAAUGCAGAAAUUGUUUAUUCCUUUCACACUGGUGGAAAUGUGGAUGGUUCUUUUGACAUCGACCAGGUGACAGGAAACAUACAUGUCGUUAAGGUGUUAGACACAUUUCCUAAGGAGCAGUAUCAUCUCACAGUAAAAGCCACAGAUCAGGGAUUUCCCCAACGCAAUGCCUUUUGCCCAGUAACCAUCACUGUAAAACUGUCUGAAUUUACACCUCCCAUGUUCUCCUCAGAUGAAUACAUCACUGAGAUAAGUGAGGCCAUAUCUCCAAACUCCCCAAUGCUAUCCAUCUUCGCCAGCUGCCCUUCCUCAGUGAUUUACAAAAUCAUUAAUGGAAACCCAGAUGGGACAUUCGACAUCAACGUCAACUCUGGACUCCUGUCUGUUCAAAAAGAACUUGAUUUUGAGGAGCAUCCAUCCUACCGACUGCAAAUAAGAGCUACAAGUACUGCGGGAGUCUCAUCUGAAGCUAUGGUCAAUGUGUACGUAAUAGAUGAAAAUGACAAUGCCCCUGUUUUUUAUCAAGACACUUACUAUGGGCAGAUCAGUGAGUCUGCACCAGUGAAUAGCAUUGUAACUGGGGACAACAACGUGCCAUUGGUGAUCAAGGCAUCAGACGCUGACAAAGACACAAAUGCUCUUCUGGUCUACAAAAUCCUUGAACCUGCAGCUCAAAAAGUCUUUAAAAUAGAUCCAAGCAUGGGCACCAUUUCUUUAAAAUCUACAGUUGACUUUGAAUCAACGCCUGAAUAUUCCUUCAGCGUUCAGGUCUGGGAUUCUGGUGAGCCUGCGCUUAGUGCAUCCAAACCAUGCAGGGUAAAUAUCAAUGUAUUGGAUUUUAAUGAUUGUCCUCCAAAAUUUGAUUUACCUGUAUAUGAAACUUCCAUUAACUUACCUGUUUUUAAAGACAUGGAAGUAAUCCAAGUAACAGCCCAUGAUGCAGAUUCAGCAGUCACUUACAUAAUAUCAGAAAGUAAUCAUAAUCACAUAUUUAAAAUAGACCAAUCGACUGGAAUGAUCUCAAUAAAUGACUUGAGGUCUAAAUUACAGUCUUAUAAUGAGGAGUUAAAAAUCAUUGCCUCGGAUGGGUUGUACAAAGACACCACAAUUGUGAAAAUCAAUGUCAUUAAUACAACAAAGACUAGUCUGAAGUUUGAGGAGAGGAUGCACAUGGCUACAGUACAGGAGAACACUACAACUACAAAAAAUUUAGCAGUCCUAAGGGCAACAGGGAGCUACCUCAAUGAGCCUCUGCAGUACACUGUUUUAAACCCACAUGGGAAAUUCGUAGUGAUUCCAUCAUCUGGAGUUUUACAGACGACCGGUGUCCCAUUUGACAGGGAGGAACAGGACGAAUAUGACGUGGUUGUGGAAGUCAGAGACACGAGACAUCCACCACGUGUAGAUGUUACCCAUGUUAAAGUCUUCAUAGAUGAUAUCAAUGACAAUACUCCUAAGAUAUCAAAUUUGCCUCAUUCGUUAAUGAUUUCUGAGGAGACUGAACCAGGGGAUGUUCUCUUCCAAGUGCUGGCAACUGAUGAUGACUUUGGUGAGAAUGGAUCUAUAAUCUUUUUACUGGAGGAUGAUUUUAAUCUUUUCAGAAUCGACCCUUAUCUUGGGGAUGUUUCGCUAGAAAGACCUUUAGACUUUGAAUCAAUGAAUAAAUAUGUGCUCACUGUGCUGGUAUCAGAUGAGGGUGAGCCCAGUCUGUCAGCAGCAGGACUUCUCUACAUCCAAGUGCAAAAUCGUUCUCAUCCAAUAUUUCAAAGUAUGUUCUACCCAUUGAAAUUACCAGAGAAUAUUACUCCUUUUACAACUAUCCUGCAUGUGCAAGCAAGAAACCCAGAGGGAUACCGCCUUAUCUACAAUCUAGAGGAAGAAAACACCUCCAAGUUCUUUCACAUCGAUUUCAAAACAGGAGUCUUAAGUGUCACUGACUUUCUAGACUAUGAGACUCAAACAAAACAUAUUUUGACGGUCCGUGCCACAGAUUCUGUCACCGGUAUGUUUUCGGAAGCAAGAGUAGAGAUUGAUGUGGAAGAUAUAAAUGACAAUUCUCCUGUCUUCCAUAGGCCCACUUAUGUUACAGAGGUCCCUGAGGGCCUUCCUAUUGGCACAUCUGUUAUUCAAGUCUCAGCCACAGACAAAGAUUCUGGCAGAAACUCAGAUUUAACUUACCAACUGAUUGACAAAGAAACACAGAUUUUUGAAAUUGAUCCCCUAACUGGGCUUUUGGUGACAUCACAAGUAUUCGACUAUGAAACCAAAAAGCAGUUCACUUUAAAAGUUAAAGCCACAGAUAAAGGUACGCCCCCUCUCAGCAGUGAGGCUCACGUCAUUGUAAAUGUUCUAGACAUUAAUGACAACCCUCCCAAUUUUAGUGAGUCAUUGUAUCAUGCCACUCUUGAUGAAAUGGCCACUUGCGGUCACAUAGUUAUCAAAGUUCAAGCUUCAGACCCUGACAGCAAGGAUGAUCUCCAAUAUAAGAUACUCUCUGGCAAUGAAGGGAGAUAUUUUUCGAUUAAUGAGUCAUCUGGACUUAUCUCGUUCUCGAAUGUGUGCAAGAGAAAUCUGCAUCCAUUUUAUAACCUCACUGUUGCAGUUUCUGACGGUGUCUUUCAAAAGGCCGCCCCUGUGAACAUCGACAUGACUAAUGGCAACAAGCAUAGUCCCUAUUUUGGCCAGAACAUUUAUGAGGCUGAUCUGGCAGAGAAUGCAGAGAUAGGAACACGUGUGAUCCGGCUGGCUGCUAUUGACCCGGAUGAUGGGCCAUAUGGCAGCAUUGAUUACACUAUCAUUAACAAGCUAGCAGAUGAGAAGUUCUCCAUCGAUGCGGAUGGACAAAUCGUGACUUCUCAGCCUUUGGACAGAGAAAAUCCAUCGCAGAGAGUGAUUGCUAUUAAGGUCAUGGCUAAGGAUGGUGGAGGAAGAGUGGGCUUUUGCACUGUAAAGAUUAUUCUAACAGAUGAGAAUGAUAAUGCCCCCGAGUUUAAAGCCUCAGAAUAUCAAGUUUUUAUUCAGUCCACAGUGAACAAAGGCUCACCGGUCAUACAGAUAAUGGCAUAUGAUGCAGAUGAAGGUAAAAAUGCAGAUGUCACAUACAUAGUAGAAGAUGCUGAGGAGGUUACAGAGGACAUUAUUGAGGUCAAUCCUUUCACUGGCAUAGUCAAAGUCAAAGAGAGUCUGGCUGGCUUAGAAAAUAGGAUUUUCAACUUCAAAGUUAAGGCUCGAGAUGGAGGCCUUCCAUUUUACAACUCCACUGUACCGGUACAGGUCAAUGUGGUCCCUCCUGAAGCGACUCUGCCCAGGUUUACCGAACCACUGUACUCAUUCUCAGCAUCUGAAGACCUCCCUAUCGGAUACGAGAUAGGAACGAUCAAGGCAGAUGCUGAUAUUCCAUUGAUAUACAGUUUGGUGAAUGGAAACACUGUGGACAGCAACAGAGACCAUGUUUUUGCCGUUGACAAAGAUAGCGGCACAGUAAUGAUGCAGAAGAACAUUGACCAUGAAAAAACCAAGAUGUAUAAGAUCGAUGUCAUCGCCCACGGUAAUCAUAAUGGCACGGAUGUAGCAUCUCUUGUGUCCGUUCACAUAGAGGUUCAGGAUGUCAAUGACAAUCAGCCCAUGUUCGAGGCUGACCCCUAUAAAGCCUUUCUGGCAGAAAACUUGCCGACCGGGACCACGGUCAUUCAAGUGACAGCUAUUGAUGCAGAUGCAAACAUCAACGGAGAAGUAUCAUACACACUUGAGUCAGAGUCAGAUGACAUCGGAGACAUGUUUACCAUUGACUCACAAACUGGCUGGAUCACGACCUUAAAACAAGCUGACUCAGAAACCAAACAACUUCAUAGAUUGUAUGUGGUAGCCACCGAUCAUGGUGAUGCUGUCAAGCUGUCUUCCUCUGUGCUAGUUGAAGUGACCAUUACAGAUGAAAAUGAUAACCCACCUCAGUUUAAAGAGGAGCUCUACCAAGGCUCCAUCUUGGAAAACAGCAGGCCUGGAGAGACAAUCGUCACUCUGACAAUUGCUGAUAAAGAUGUGUCUGCAGAUAAUAGACAGAUUGUGUGUUAUAUAACAGAUGGAGAUCCAUUGGGACAGUUCUCAGUCACAGCAGCAGAUAACGAAUGGAGUGUCAUUACCCAUAGUCCACUUGAUAGAGAAGACAAGGACAAAUACAUCCUUAAGAUAAUGGCCACAGAUGGCAGGUUCCAAACCUCUACCAAUGUGGAGGUUCAUGUUCUUGACAUCAAUGACAAUAGUCCUUUGUGUGAACAAUUACUUUAUACUGAAGCAGUCAUGGAGAAUUCCCCAUCCGGACUGUUCAUCCUGAAGAUCUCUGCGUCUGAUCCUGACAUUGGAACUAAUGGACAAGUCUCAUUUAGUCUUCAUGGGCCAAAUGCAGACAAGUUCCAUCUUGAUUCCAAAACAGGGGAGCUAUUUACUCUUGCCAUCUUGGACCGGGAGAGGGAAACGGAGUAUGAUCUUGUUGUCAAAGCAACUGAUGGUGGUGGACAUUCUUGUCAGGCAGACAUCAUGCUUAUGGUGCAGGACAUGAACGACAACCCACCUCAAUUCUUCACGAACCAUUAUGAGAUCUCUGUAUUUGACAAUACCACGAUUAGGACACCGAUUGCUGUCAUCUACGCCAAAGACCCAGACACAGGUAUAAACUCGGAGGUGAGAUACUCUCUUCAAGGCGCCGACAGUGGCUUCUUCUCCCUUGAUGAGAUCUCGGGCAUUCUGAGACUGGAGAGAUUUUUAGCUGAUGAGAACAAGUCCAUCUAUGAGAUGACGGUGAAAGCAACAGAUCGAGGCCUUCCUCGUCACCUUUUCUCCACUGCCAAGAUCACCGUGCAUGUGGUCGUACUGAGCGACUACCAACCGCUGUUUCCUAACUCGGAGUACUCUGUACAAAUCCCAGAAUCAUUUCAGAUGGGGACAGAGGUGAUCACUGUAUCUGCGCUUACCAAAGAUGGGACAGAAAAUGAGCCUGUGAGAUACGCUAUCAUUUCAGGCAAUGAGGACGGCAGAUUCCAGAUAAACCCUGUGACAGGUACGCUGUCGUUGAAUGCUACACUGGACUUUGAGGUCCGCCACGAGUAUUACCUGUCAGUGGAGGGUGCGAGGGGCAAACCAGCGCUCAGUGACAUUACCACGGUUAUCAUCAAUAUCACAGACGUCAAUGACAACCCACCUGUCUUUAACCGCAGUAGCUACAGUACAGUGAUUGCAGAGGACAUUUUAAGUGGGGACACAGUUUUACAGGUAACUGCCGUUGACAUUGAUGGGCCACCGAACAACUUCAUAUUCUACUCCAUUGUGAACGGCGAUCCCAAGCAGCAGUUUAGCAUCGACUCUCGCACAGGCCGGAUCACGGUGAACUCGGCCCUGGAUCGGGAGGAGAUAACACACUACUCAUUAACUGUGCAAGCGAACGAUGAAGGAGAUCCGCCAUUAUCUACUGCCGUCCAGGUGACGGUGACUGUAUCUGAUGUCAACGACAAUCCACCAAUGUUCUCGCAGAUCAAUCACGACCUUGUUCUUCAGGAAAGUGAGGCUGUGGGCAGUGGGAUUUUACAGCUGGUGGUUACAGACCGAGAUACGCCUCAGAACGGUCCUCCCUUCUCCUUUCAUAUUGUCUCUGGAAAUGAGGACAGGAACUUUCACAUUGACCAAGGAGGACUGCUGUCCAAAUCCUCCCCACUGAGGAGGAGAGGCAAACCUCAGCAUCUGCUGAAAAUCCAGGUCACUGACAAUGGCAACCCUCCACUUUCCUCCAUAUGUGUAGUGAAGAUCAACAUCACAGAGCAGAGCAGAUUUCCACCCACCGUGACUCCGCUCGAGAUUUUUAUCACCACCGCUGGUGGGACAUUCUCCAAACGAGUGAUCGGCAAACUGCACGCCACCGACCAAGACCCCCAAGAUGUCCUUUCUUACAAACUCAUCUCUGAUAUCCCAGACAGAGGCUUGUUUUCUGUGGACACAGUGGAUGGAAAGAUCGUGGUAGAGAAGGACGUGGAGCCAGGCCUGUACUACUUAAAUAUCAGUGUGUCUGAUGGAAAGUUCAACAUCUGGGCUGCAGUGAAGGUUCAAGUCUGGUCCGCUGCUCAGCACGCUUUGGAUCAGGGCUUCACGCUGCGGUUGGCAGGUGUUUCAGCUGAGGAGUUCGUGGCCGAUCACUGGAAAAACCUCCAGCGCAGCCUGGGCGUAGAACUCAAUAUACCCAAACAGGAGCUGCACAUUGCCAGCUUGCAACAACAGCCAGACUCCGUCAACACGGAGGUAUUGGUGGUCCGUCGAACUCAGGAUGGCUCUGUUCAGCCUUUUCAAGCUCAGCGGCUGACUGGGGUCCUCUCAUCUGUGGAAAAUACAUUGGGUUUGGACAUUCUGAGAUUGAAGCAUGAUGGUUGUGUGGGUACCAGCUGUCCACCACAGGGUUGCAGAAACUCAGUAGUGAUAAAGAGCGGGAGAAUGAGCAGCUAUGCCACAGCUCGAGCUAGUUUCAUCACUCCACAGCACAGCUGGGAGAGCAUCUGCUUCUGCAAUGAAUCUGCUGUGAGAUUUGAUGGUAAAGGUUAUUUGAAAUACCUUUAUCGCAUGGAAGAAGACAAACAGAGCUUUCAUCUAUCUCUUCGACUUAAGACAUCUGACACGGAGGGCACAGUAAUGACUACCAAUGCAUCUGACUGGGGAACAUUAGAGCUGGUAGACAAGGAGCUGCGGUUCAGAUAUAAAUGUGGCAACACGGUCCCUGCCAGCCUGCAGGUGGUCAAUCAUCCUGUGGCUGAUGGCCGUUGGCACAGCGUCUCUCUGUUGGUAAAUGGCACAACCCUUAGACUCAACGUAGAUGCCAGCCACACCAACUCCACCGUUCUGCCACGACCCUGCAAGCUUACUCAGUCCGGUGGGGCUUUGAUGCUUGCCAAUUCUAAUCCCAGUACAGAUGCCCUGCGACCCGGAUUCAGUGGCUGUUUGGAGAGCUUAGAGUUUAAUGGAGAAGCAGUGAGGAAGGAGGAGGGGAUGGCAAGUUUUGGCCCACAGAGUGGCAGACUCUUUGGGAUCUAUCAGUGCUGCUCUGAUGUAAAGAGCUGUGCCAGUAAUCCUUGUGGGAAUGGAGGCACUUGUGUCGAAAACUCAAGUGGAGAGUUUCGCUGCAGCUGUCCGUUGCCGUACUAUGGCUCCCACUGUGAGAAGAACAAUCUGACGGACGAUCCCUGUGCAUCUCAACCCUGUGUCCAUGGUCUGUGCGUGCCAAACACUCAGGGUUACGUCUGCAACUGUUCAGAGCAAACUGCUGGAAACAGAUGUCAGAAUGAUACAGCCGAUGUGUGCACUCCAAAUCCCUGUCUCAACGGUUUUGACUGUUCAAUGGCAGAGAACCUGAUCCACUGUGAGCGCACCACUUCUCCUCAGCACUUCUAUGUGGAGAUUGCCGAGAUCUGCGCAGGCAUACUGGGGCUCAUCCUUGUAGUUGUGGGCUUUGUGUGUCUUCGAAAAUGGUACAUCAGCCAUAAGAAGCACAAGUCAGGCUGUGUGCAGGAUUCCAAUGGUUACUUCGCAACUAUGCCCAAAAGCAUGGUGAAAGCAAAGGAGAUCAGCUCUCCUGUGGAGAUCAGCACCCUGAUUGGCUCCGGAAGCGAUCCGGAGAAUAGUCCCUUCCGUUCGCUGAAACCUCGCAGCCAGCGGGAGCUCGGUCCUCAGGUAGGACCUCGCUCGCAUCGGGUUCAAGGUCCCGUGAUUUGCAGCGUGGCCCCCAAUCUACCUCCUCCGCCCUCCUCCUGCUCUGAUAACGAUUCGAUUAGAAAAAACACCUGGGAGCACGACUAUGAAGUGUAUCCAGCAGAUCCUGACUACUACGGCCGACCUUCCGUUCAAGAAUUCCCACAGUUUGACAUCGUGGAAAGCACCUACUCAAACGCUCCUACCGAACCCCGCAGAAACUCUCGUUUCGGAGGCUUCCCUUUCCCUCUUGAGCGUGUCGAUCGCCGCGCUCCAUUGCCCCCCUGUUACAGCAACCAGAACUUAGAUGACUUCCUAGGGCCGGAUGGGUUGCCACUGCCCAGCCCUCAGUGCCCUAAUGAGUACACUGCCAUAAGCUACUACCCUACCCAGCACACUCGAAGCCUGGACAACGUUUCCAACAGCUACAAAAGGCUCAGUGUGCGCUUGAGUGUGGCCCAACCUUCCUAUGCGGAUAGCGGUGGAUCCAAUCGGGCUGGAUCUGCUCAAAGGACAUCUCGCAAUUAUGCCGGCUCAGAUAUGGUAGAAAGUGACUAUGGCAGCUGUGAAGAGGUCAUGUUUUAGGCAGCCAAUCGUGAAGACUGCAGUGGCAUUAAAGUCUUGCAUUGUUGGAGUUUGAACGCGAAAGGUCAUUUCUUACACAUAGUAUAUGAAGCUCAAUGGCUGAAGGCCACACAAGCACUAAGACUAUCAGUAUUAAUAGUAGUUUUCAGGGAAAAAAACGAAUAUAUGUGUGUAAAAUCUAAAUAUUUUUACUAUUUUACAUUCCUGUAGAUAUAUUGCAUGACCUUAAACAUGUCUACGGUGUGAUUAAAAAGUUUCUAAAGAUUAUGCACCCUCAAUUAUACAACUUUAAUCGCACCCUGUCCUGUUAAUUUAGAAAAUCUAUAUAUAAUCCCAUUUGUUUAAAUUAAAUGACUGUUUGUUGUGUGGCAUGUCAUUAUUAGAUUGGACACAAACUGUUGCACAAAUUAUUCUUUUUAUGUAAACAAACUGUUGUGCAUCCCUUGUGUUCCCGACAACCACCAUGCAAGAAUAUUUGUAUACUUUCCCAAGAUGCAUUUUACUGAUGCAGGGUAUCAAGAGAGAUAUUUUCCAACAAUAGAAAGCUGUAUAGGAGAAAGCAUUGAUUUGUGAGAAUAGACUGAAGCAGAGGCUGGUUCUUUGCUAAAUAAUACAUACGCAAUGUGAAAUUACAUGGAUGUUUAUGAAAUAUACGUCCCUAUUAUCAUAGAUGUUUGAUAGAUGUCAGUAGUAGAUGGAGAAAUGUUUGUCAACUUAAAGUACUUUUAGCUGAAUGUGUCCAAAUUGCAGUACUUGGUGAAUAGCAGUGAUGCUGUAAUUUUAAAUGUGAACUUGACACUUUAAACUUCUGAUGCAGCAGACGUUAUGCAGUUUUUAGUGAUCAAAGGCAAACCAAUUCAAGCCAUGAGAAAUCCUGAUGUAGCUUUUUAAUGCUACUUGUCAAACUUUUAUAGUGCUUACUAAAUGAAAAAGAUAAAAAAAUACUUUGCAAGUAUGAAAUAAAAAUCUGCUGAUAAGACAUGAACUGAUUCAAACUCAUUGUUUGAACAAUACGCUGUAUUUUAUAUUUUACAAAGAUUUUGAUUUGUAUUCAUAUCAGUGACGGAGGUCGUAUGGGUAUUUUGCUUUUAUUUCAAAUGUAAUGAAUGGGAAUUUUUAUAUGUUAUUAAGUAAAUGCUACUGACACAUGUGAUUUAUUUCAAAUUUGUGACUGCACAUUGAUUUUUGCCAUCUCAUUUUAUUGCAUGUGGUCGGUGAAACUUCUCCCUUGUUUGCUACUUCAUUGUAGUGUUUAGUCUGUAGUCUUUCAAAAUGACAGUACAGUGUUGAUGUAAAUAUGAAUGGCAGCUGUUGUAAGUAUUUGUGAAUAUGAACAGUUGUUUGUACAGUGGGUGUGGUAUAUGUUGCGAAUGUACCUUUUUGUAUUUAGAAAGUUCAAUGCUGGCUGAACCCCAUGCUUUUUUAAAUGAGUUCCUCUGUGAGAGAAUUUAUGUUGGCUGCCAUUUCUCAUCUCUAUAGAAAAUAUGAAAAAAAUAUGUUUAUCGAAAAUAAAAUUGUUUACUAUACAAAAUGUGUAUAACCUGUGUUUUGAAAAUAAAAAUAUGUUGGUGACAUUUUUUUCUUUAGUAGAACAAUAAAGAAGAUAUUUUGCAGAAA